GUGGAGUUUGUCCUCUCUCCUGUCCCCAGACCUGAGUUUGGGUCACAGCGGUUGGGUGUUGCCACUCUCCGGUCUCCCUGCUGGUAACUCCAACAGUCCUGGUCCCCUUCCCCAAACUAAACCACACAUCUGCAACUUUUAAGCAACAAAUUCAAAGUGAGAGAUCUUCCCUAAUCAUCAAAACCCUGCAAUGGAUCAGCACAAGUAUCGCACGGCGGGCGUCCAGGAGAAGCUGGAGAUCAUCGGGGUGGAAGACGAGGCAGGGAAUCCCAUCAGUGCCCUGACCAUCCUGUCUUUGCUGGAGCGUGUGGCCGGCAUCAUCGACAACGUCCAGUCCUGCCAGCAGCGUAUGGAGGAGCGUCAGCUGGACCUGGAGAACAACAUCAAGACCAUCCAGGGCGACGUCCUCAAACUGGCCAAGGACCACACCGACACCAGUGGCACGGUGGAGAAGCUCCUGCAGAAGACCCGCAAGGUCAGCGCCAACGUCAAGGAGGUCCGGACACGCGUUGAGAAGCAAAACGUCCGCGUCAAGAAGGUAGAAUCGACGCAGGAUGAGCUGCUCACCCGCAACAAGUUCCGCGUUGUCAUCUAUCAGGGUGAGACCGAGGUCCCGUCAGUGGCCGUCACUAAGUCUCCCAAAGGAUCUGGCCUGGAUGGGCUGGAGAUCGAGCCUGACUCCUACGACAUCCCAGUCGACCUCUCCUCUGACGAAGAGUACCUGAGCGUGGAGGAGGCUGACCCCUCGAGAGCGGCCCGCAUCAAGAAGUCAAUGGCGAAGGGCACAGAGAACCUGAAGGCCGCCUUCUCAAGGGAGAACAUGACCAAAACCAAAGACAACCUGGGCACCAAGUUCCACAACCUGGGCGAGAAGGUCAUGCCACCCGAGCGGAGGGACAAGAUGCACCAAGCUGGCGAGCGGCUGAAGCAGUCUGGCGAGCGGCUGAAGGAGAACAUCGCCAAGAAGGCUCCGAAUAAAGAGACCUUCCGCAUCAAACUGAAGAAGGAGAGAGCCGUUGCCGAGGGCCAGGAGGGCGCAGAGGCUGAGGCCGAGGCAGGGGCCGAGCUCCACAUCAAGGCCCCGACCGCAGACAAGCCAGUCGCCUACACUGAGGUCGCCAUGGAAACCAAGCGGGAGGGGCCAGUGGAGGAGGUUGGUGCCACCCGGAUAGGAGAAGAGGAUUACAGGAAGUAGACCAGACAUCAGAUCAUGAAGAGGAGGUGGAACAUCGGAGGAAGCUCAUAAUGCUGCGGAUUUAGAGAAGAAGGUCUGUGAUUGGUCGACAUCGAUGAUGGACAUUUUUCAUUGCCGGAACGUAUUAAAAAAGGAGAAGUUCUUGAGAUGCGUAUUGGUACUGACCCCAAAAACUCGUCAGAAUACCUACUGGUUAUUUAUUAAAUCUAUGUCAGGGUGUUUGAUUCAAGUCUAGUCAGUCUGUCAUCUGUUGACAGUUUUUAAGAACGAUAUGAUUUAAACAACUUGACGUGAAUGUAAGAAUCUUUAUUUCCAGUGCUCUAAAAAGAAAAAUCAGGUUUAGAAUUUGUUACAUUAUUUGUGAGUCCAAAAUUCAGCGAGAUCGCCGUGAGGUUGUGCUGUGAUUAGUUACCAUGGUUACAGGUUUGUUUGCAGGAUAACUGGAAGGAAAAGAAACGGUAGAUAAAGGAUGAUGAAUGUUGAUCUGAAGUUCGUGUAUUGCUCUUUUAUCUGGAUGUACAUAUGUUGUUGUACAUACUGCCAAAACUGGGGAGGUGAAAUCUGGUCGGUGCAGGUCUCAGCUGGUCUCUGAGAUGCCUGGUGAGGAAAUAAAAAUUAGAUUAAUUCAGCGUCAGACUGGUUUCUGUAUGCAAAACAGUGGGAAGAAGAUGAAGUUAGAGCAAACUUUGAGGUGCUUAAAAGGUCCAGUGUGCAGGAUUUAGGGGGAUAUACUGGUAGAAAUGGAAUAUAAUAUAAUAAGUAUGUUUCCUUUAGUGUGUAAUCACCUGAAAAUAAGAAUCAUUGUGUUUUCGUUACCUUAGAAUGAGCCGUUUAUAUCAACAUAGGGAGCAGGUCCUCGUCUACAGAGAUCCCCAUGUUGCACCACCAUGUUUCUACAGUAGCCCUGAACAGACAAAGCAAACACUGGCUCCAGGUAAGGCCUUUCGGGUUUUUGCGAUGGCCACCGUAGUAAGGAGCCCCUCCGAGACCAGAGCGCCAGAAAAACACACAUUUCUUCAAUGUUUUUACAAGUUUAAACAACCAAGGUUUAUUCAGCUCCCGGUAAAAACCUCCUGAAUGUCUGGAUCUUAAGUUAUCUGAGAAAAUAGGUGAGCAAAACUUAGCAGGUGCUGGGCUAGUGGGCCGUCUCCGACAUGCCCCAAUCAGCAUCACCUGGUCUGUUAGUUUGGAGAGGAGGAGACCUCUGUGGAUAAUUCAGCUCCCUGAAAAAAUUCUAAGCAAAAGUUUAAGGUGGUUGCAAUCUGCAAUCCUCACCACUAGAUGCCACUAAAUCCCCCUAAAGCUCACACACUGGACCUUUAAAAGCAGCAUCAUUUAUGGCUUAGACAGACAUUAAAGCUGCACCAGGCAAAGAGAUUUAACUCAGCUUUGGGACUUGCUGCUGCUUACAGGCUGACUUUGUUCAAAUGUCAAUGAAAACUGGAUUCACCGGCUAGCACUGACACGACUGCAUUCUCUUUAACGCCUUCAUUUUCACCUUAAAUUCGACUAACCUUUAGUGUGUUUUAUAUCGUAUAUUUUAGGUUUCCCCUGACAGAAAAAUCACGACUCCAUAUUCAGCAUCUGUGCUGCAUCACACAAAUUUCCCCCAAAUUCAUCCUGACACAUUUGGUAUCUUUGUAAAAUCUUUGUCCAGUGCAGCUUUAAGUUUGAUUGAGCAGCACAAACAGUCGUGAUAAAAACUUUGCAUGAACUUUACAGCAGCGCAGUCCUUUAUAGCUAGCUGUGACGCAGACCUUAUAAUGAUUGACGUAUUAUACACUGUAAUUACUGUUCUGAAAGAGAAUGUUGUGGGUUUAAGGCGGUCUGAGUUGAUGUGUUGGCGGCUUCAAAGCUUUGUGAGCACUGCUGAAUUUUGGCAUAUGAAUGUUUUAAUUUUAUUUGUCCAGUUUUGCUGCUUGAUAUUGAUAUUUUCUUUUGAGUUCAGUGAGUGCACUGGCUGUCUUCUCCUGGAGUGAUAAAUGAGGUCACAUCUGUCAUCAGGAUGAUUUCAGGAUGUUCAGUCACUCUUCGUAUUUUCUGUAGAAGCUUAGCUUAUAUAAUGCUGCUAUAUAUUAGUACAGUGUCUUAUUCUGAAAAAUACACUUCCUGUAUAGCUUUAAACUUCUGCUUCAUUUCACAACCUGCUGUAUUUAUGUUCCUGGUGAGUGAAACUGUGUUGAUGUGAUGUGAUUGAUUUGGUUUGAACAUUUUGAAUAAGGUUUCAUCUCUUGCAUAUAUUAUCCUUUUUUCAUUUUUUGAUUACAGCUCAGUUUCCAUAUUGUGUUUUGUUGUCAUUUUUACAGUCACCUCAGUCCAGUGUUAAUGCUUUCCAAUGAAGAACAGCUGAUUGAGGACUUGUGUUGUUGUUUUGGCCUGUACUGUAUAAGCAGCACCAGACAUGAAUCAUUUUGUUUUUGUAUAAAUAAAGUUCUCAUGAAACCUGUAUGCUGGAUUAACAAAAAACAGAA